UCAUCCUAGACUUGCUUCACUCCACAUAUGAUCUCAGCCUCAACAUGUCACUGCUCUCUUAUUUACUGCUGGCAGCUACUGCAGCCUGCUGCUUCACAACCCUCUUUGCAUUGCCAAUGGAUGGCGUGGCUACCAACAGGAACUGUCAGUGUGUGACCACCUCCUCAUCCAUAAUCCCAACUCGGCUGUUCCAGAGGAUUGAGAUCCUGCCUCCAGGAGCACACUGUCGCAAAACCGAGAUCUUGAUUACCAAAAAGGACAACAAAACAGUUUGCAUAAACCCUGAAGCACAAUGGAUAAAAAAAAUCCUCACAAAAGUAAUGAGCAAAAGAUCUGUAAAGGAAAGUUCCAUGCCCACUGUUGCAUAAAUCAAAGCGGACAAGAACAACUGCAAUUAAGACAUUUUCCACUUUCUUUUCAACUAUUCCUUUUCGUUAAACUGGCAACUCAAGUGUGCUGAAUGUUAUCAGGCCAUCUUUACAUAGCCACAAAUUUGUUAUCAUAGGCUAUCUACAAAAUCUGUAAUUAUUAUUUUGAAAUAAAACUCUCACAACCUU